UUUUUUUUUUGAAAGGCCGAAGUUUGGACUCCGGUCGCAAGAUUUUUUCCGUUGAUAGCGGCCGAAGUUGGCGUCUGCGCGGCAGAUCAUCACUGUGCGGAAGAGAAUCACCGGCGGCGGAGCAAAGGAAGACGGAGAGAACGAAAUGAACACUGAUAUUACUGCAUCUGCUAAGCCGGAGUAUCCGGUGAUUGAUCGAAACCCUCCCUUCACCAAGACAGUUGCCAAUUUCAGCGCCCUUGAUUACCUUCGCUUAUCAACCAUCACUGGUGUUUCCGUCACCGUCGGCUACCUCUCUGGGAUCAAGCCCAACAUCCGGGGUCCGUCGAUGGUUACCGGCGGUCUUAUCGGGCUUAUGGGCGGCUUCAUGUACGCCUACCAGAAUUCUGCUGGUCGUCUUAUGGGCUUCUUCCCUAACGAGCGAGAGGUUGCUCGUUUCAAGAAGUAGAACAAAUUGACGCUUGUCAUUCCUCUUUAUCUUUUGCUUUAGCGCGCUUGAAGAGGAAUAAGGAUUGAUCAGGCUGCUCUUGCCUUCCAUGUGCUGAGAUUUGAGUAUGAAUUUCUCUCUGGUUGUAGAAGCAGGAGUAAUUUUGAAAUUGGUGCUUUUUUUUUUUAGCUUUUAAUAUCCUAUUCUGUUCUUCUUGAAGGAUCGCGUCUUUUGUGUAUUAAACCUGCUUCCUUAUUCUGAUACUUAUUGCAUAUCAUUCAGAAAUUAUUAUUAUUAUUAUUAUUUUUUCUGGUAA